UGAUCUUAUCCAAAAUCUCAUGCAUUUCAUUUCCGAACAUGUAGUAUGUUUGAUCCGUCCAUCAAAAUCUAUAAUCCAUAUUCCAUCAUUAUACUGAAUCGGACAAGCUCCUCUUUACUAGGAAAGCUACAUGACGUGGUUGACCUAGCAACCAAACUGUCAUUGUAUCCACUUUGUUUCCGUCACCAUGGCAGCGUCACCAUGGCAGCGAAAGAUAGAACAGUGACAUGGGCGGCCACUCCAUCACCAAGCGGAUGGAUAAUGCAACAGCCAAUCAAAUCACGCAUAAGCAGGUUACGAAAGGUGAUUCAUACCCACGGCUAUUGCGAGCAACCCACUGACAGGUUUUAGCUCUCUCUUCUUCUCUUAAACUUUUCCACUCCUCCCCCCAACCCUUUCCACACAACUCUUAUACACAAUAUGGUCAAGAAAAUCUCCAUUGUAUGCCUUCCUGGUGACGGUGUCGGCCCUGAAGUCGUUGGCGAGGCCGUCAAGGUUUUGCAAAAGGUCGCUGAACGUCGUGCUCAGGCCUUAGAUGUCGAGUUUGAAUUCAAGAAUGAACUCAUUGGUUUGGCCGCUCUUGAAAAGACAGGUGAGCCUUUGCCUGAUUCCGCUUUGGAAGCCUGCAAGGGUGCCGACGCCAUCCUGUUGGGUGCUGUUGGUGGCCUUCCCGGUGCACAGAUUGGUAGCGGACCACGCCCUGAACAAGGCUUGUUGAAGCUGCGCAAGUCGCUUGAUUUGUAUGCCAACCUUCGACCUGUCGUGUUUGCUUCUGACAGCUUGACAAGUCUGUCACCCCUCAAGGACCACGUGGUCAAGGGUGUCGAAUUUGUCUUUGUCCGUGAAUUGGUGGGUGGUAUUUACUUUGGUGACCGCAAGGAAGCUGGCGAGGAUGGCAAAGCCUAUGAUACCCUUCCUUACUCCCGUGAAGAAAUUGUCCGCGUCACGCGUCUUGCUGCCUUGUUGGCAUUGAAGCAGAACCCCGUCGGCAAAAUUCACUCGAUCGAUAAGGCUAACGUGCUGGCCACGUCGCGUCUCUGGCGCAACGUCGUGACCGAGACUCUCGACAAGGAAUUCCCACAACUUCAAUACGAACAUCACUUGGUCGACUCUGCCGCCAUGGCCAUGGUCCAGAACCCCAAGAAGCUCAACGGCGUCGUCUUGACUGAAAACAUGUUUGGUGAUAUCCUUUCCGACGAAGCUUCCGUCAUUGUCGGCUCGCUCGGUCUGUUGCCUUCGGCUUCGUUGAACGGUUUGCCCGAUGGCAAGAGCAAAUGUGUUGGUUUAUACGAGCCUAUUCACGGCUCUGCUCCUGAUAUUGCCGGUCAGAACAUUGCUAACCCCAUCGCUACCAUCUUGAGUGUUGCCAUGAUGCUCCGUUACUCCCUUGGCUUUGAGCAGGAGGCAAAGGCUGUUGAGGAUGCUGUUCGCCAAGUCUUGGAUAACGGUCUUCGCUCGCGUGACUUGGGCGGUGAACAGUCGACCACGCAGAUCGGUGAAAAGAUCACUGAAGUACUGGGUGGUGUUUUGGAUGCUUUGAACUAGAUGGAAAUCUGAUUUUUUGUACAUAAUUAUUUUUAAAUAUGAAAAUUCUACUUGCUUUUUGUACGUGUUACGUUGAUUGGGUUUCAUUGUGUUGAAUGUUGAUAUGGAGG